CUUCAGGAAAAAAAUGAUUAUUUCUUUGAAUUCAUGCCUGAGCCUUGUCUGUUUACUGCUGUGCCACUGGAUUAAGACAGCAUUGCCUCUGAAUCUUGAAGACCCUAAUGUGUGCAGCCAUUGGGAAAGCUAUUCAGUGACUGUGCAAGAGUCAUACCCGCAUCCCUUUGAUCAGAUUUACUACACCAGCUGCACUGACAUCCUAAACUGGUUUAAAUGCACACGGCACAGAAUCAGUUAUCGGACUGCCUAUCGACAUGGGGAAAAAACUAUGUAUAGGCGCAAAUCCCAGUGUUGUCCUGGAUUUUAUGAAAGCAGGGACAUGUGUGUCCCUCACUGUGCUGAUAAAUGUGUCCAUGGGCGCUGCAUUGCUCCAAACACCUGUCAGUGCGAGCCUGGCUGGGGUGGGACCAACUGCUCCAGUGCCUGUGAUGGUGAUCACUGGGGGCCUCACUGCAGCAGCCGGUGCCAGUGCAAAAAUAAGGCUCUGUGCAACCCCAUCACAGGGGCCUGCCACUGUGCUGCAGGAUUCCGGGGCUGGCGCUGUGAGGACCGCUGCGAGCAGGGCACCUAUGGUAACGAUUGUCACCAGAAAUGCCAGUGCCAGAAUGGAGCUACCUGCGAUCAUGUCACUGGGGAAUGCCGUUGCUCACCGGGAUACACUGGAGCCUUCUGUGAAGAUCUCUGUCCUCCUGGCAAACAUGGCCCACAGUGUGAGCAGAGAUGCCCCUGUCAAAAUGGAGGAGUGUGCCAUCACGUCACUGGAGAAUGCUCUUGCCCUUCUGGCUGGAUGGGCACAGUGUGCGGUCAGCCUUGCCCUGAGGGUCGCUUUGGAAAGAACUGCUCCCAAGAAUGUCAGUGCCACAACGGAGGGACAUGUGAUGCUGCCACAGGCCAAUGUCAUUGCAGUCCAGGAUACACAGGGGAACGGUGUCAGGACGAGUGCCCUGUUGGAACCUAUGGGGUUCGCUGUGCUGAGACCUGCCGGUGUGUCAAUGGAGGGAAGUGUUACCAUGUGAGUGGUGCAUGCCUCUGUGAAGCCGGCUUUGCUGGUGAGCUCUGUGAGGCUCGCCUGUGUCCAGAGGGGCUCUAUGGCAUUAAAUGCGACAAGCGAUGUCCCUGCCAUCUGGACAACACUCACAGCUGUCACCCCAUGUCUGGAGAGUGUGCCUGCAAGCCGGGCUGGUCAGGACUCUACUGUAAUGAGACAUGCUCUCCUGGAUUCUACGGGGAAGCUUGCCAACAAAUCUGCAGCUGCCAGAAUGGGGCUGACUGUGACAGUGUGACUGGAAAGUGCACCUGUGCCCCAGGAUUCAAAGGAAGUGACUGCUCUACCCCAUGCCGGCAGGGCACCUAUGGGAUAAACUGUUCCUCUCGAUGUGGCUGUAAGAACGAUGCUGUCUGUUCUCCUGUGGAUGGGUCUUGUACUUGCAAGGCAGGCUGGCACGGGGUGGACUGCUCCAUCAGCUGCCCCAGUGGCACCUGGGGCUAUGGCUGUAACUUAACAUGCCAGUGUCUCAACGGGGGAGCCUGCAACACCCUGGAUGGGACCUGCACGUGUGCACCUGGAUGGCACGGGGAGAAAUGUGAACUCCCCUGUCAGGAUGGUACGUAUGGGCUCAACUGUGCUGAGCGUUGUGACUGCAGCCAUGCAGAUGGCUGCCACCCCACCACGGGACAUUGCCGUUGCCUCCCUGGAUGGUCAGGUGUACACUGUGAUAGCGUGUGUGCUGAGGGACGCUGGGGUCCCAACUGCUCCCUGCCUUGCUACUGUAAAAACGGGGCUUCGUGCUCCCCAGAUGACGGCAUCUGUGAGUGUGCGCCAGGAUUCCGAGGUACCACUUGUCAGCGAAUCUGCUCCCCUGGUUUUUACGGGCAUCGCUGCAGCCAGACAUGUCCCCAGUGUGUCCACAGUAGCGGACCAUGCCACCACAUCACAGGCCUCUGCGACUGUUUGCCUGGCUUCACGGGUGCCCUCUGCAAUGAAGUGUGUCCCAGUGGCAGAUUUGGGAAGAACUGUGCAGGGAUUUGUACUUGCACCAACAACGGUACCUGCAACCCCAUUGACAGGUCUUGUCAGUGCUACCCAGGUUGGAUUGGCAGUGAUUGCUCUCAACCAUGUCCACCUGCCCACUGGGGCCCAAACUGCAUCCACACUUGCAACUGCCACAACGGGGCUUUCUGCAGUGCCUAUGAUGGGGAAUGUAAAUGCACUCCUGGCUGGACGGGACUCUACUGCACUCAGAGAUGUCCUUUGGGGUUUUAUGGCAAGGACUGUGCAAUGAUAUGCCAGUGUCAAAAUGGAGCCGACUGCGACCACAUCUCUGGACAGUGUACCUGCCGCACGGGAUUCAUGGGGAGGCACUGUGAGCAGAAGUGCCCUGCAGGAACCUAUGGCUAUGGCUGUCGCCAGAUAUGUGACUGUAUGAACAACUCCACCUGCGACCACAUCACUGGGACCUGUUACUGCAGCCCAGGAUGGAAAGGGGCACGAUGUGAUCAAGCUGGUGUUAUAAUCGUUGGGAAUUUGAACAGUCUAAGCCGAACCAGCMCUGCCCUCCCUGCUGACUCCUACCAGAUCGGGGCCAUCGCGGGCAUCAUCAUUCUUGUCCUCGUUGUUCUCUUCCUACUGGCGUUGUUCAUUAUUUAUAGACACAAGCAGAAGGGGAAGGAGUCAAGCAUGCCAGCGGUGACCUACACUCCUGCCAUGCGGGUCAUCAAUGCAGACUACACCAUUUCAGAAACCCUGCCCCACAGCAACGGUGGAAAUCCCAACAGCCACUACUUCACCAAUCCCAGUUACCACACCCUUACCCAGUGUGCCACAUCCCCUCAUGUCAACAACAGGGACAGGAUGACCAUUGCCAAGUCAAAAAACAAUCAGUUGUUUGUGAAUCUCAAAAACGUGAAUCCUGGGAAGAGAGGCCCCGUGGUGGACUGCACAGGGACCCUGCCYGCGGACUGGAAACACGGUGGUUACCUCAACGAGCUCGGUGCUUUUGGACUUGACAGAAGCUAUAUGGGAAAAUCCUUAAAAGAUCUGGGAAAGAAUUCUGAAUAUAAUUCAAGUAACUGUUCCUUAAGCAGUUCUGAAAACCCUUAUGCCACUAUUAAAGACCCACCUGUACUUCUCCCUAAAAACUCYGAGUGUGGCUAUGUGGAGAUGAAGUCACCAGCACGAAGAGAUUCCCCAUAUGCAGAGAUCAAUAACUCAACUUCAGCCAAUAAGAAUGUCUAUGAAGUUGAACCCACAGUGAGUGUCGUCCAAGGAAUAUUCAGCAAUAAUGGGCAUCUCACCCAGGAUCCAUAUGACCUCCCAAAGAACAGUCACAUCCCUUGCCAUUAUGACCUGCUACCAGUCCGGGACAGUUCAUCUUCUCCCAAGCGAGAGGACAGUAGCAGCAGCAGCAGCAGCAGCAGCAGUGAAUGACACCACAGGACCACUGAGCAACUGCUGGAACCCUUUCCAGAACUGCAGUUCAGUUCUCCAUCCUCGAGUUUGCCACCUUUGGUGCAUGUUAAUGAACUUGGUAGGCAGUUGUUGAACAUGAACCAGAAAGCUCAAGCUGAGGCUGAUACCGAUCGUAGGUACUUUCUGUACAGGUGGCUUCGAAGGAGAUAGUGACAUGAUUAGAACUGCCGUUAGUUUUAGAACUGCACUCAAGAGGCAUGGAUUAUUGUAAGGCAUUGGCUAAAAGCAUGAACUUACAGAACUCUUUUGACACAUGGGUUGCAAUGGACACUGGUAUUAUUCUUGGAAAUUUUAAAUAUGUUUUCUCAUUUGCAUUAUAGAAUGAUACCUAGGAUUGUGCAGUUUAUCAUUAAUUUACUUCAGAAAAGUGGGAAUCACUAAACAUACAGAAGACAAGGGGCAUAUGAUUGAGUCUUACUGCUUAUUUUUUUUUUCUGCUGGACUCAGAAUUGUAGGGAUUGUAUAAAUGGAGUAGGAAAGCUCUGUCAUGUGGCAGGACUGUAUACACUUUGAACACUAGAAGAGGAUAGCAAAUGUAAGUAUGAAAGCUUUAGCUUUUUUGGAAUGAGAAUUAUUUUAGAAAUAGUAGAAGUAUUGACAGAAGUCAACACACAGAUAUUCCAGGUGGAGGUGGUCUCUUUGACCCUUGACCCACUUUAGAUCCAUGACAUUAUUCUGAUCACUAUCUCCAUCACACAUAGUCACCACCUGGCAUUCAUAACAUAUCAGUAAUUAUUUCAUAAACAUAGGAAUGAAAUAAUUUUAUUUUUGACAGACUGGAUUGAAUGAGUGUGUAAUGAUUGGUAAAGGUUGUAAAUUUUAAGUGUAAGAAGAUGCUUAAGUUUUAUAAACCAUUAGUAAUACGUGCUGUAAUAUAGAAUUAGCAGAAAGUUUUGAUUAAUUUUUCCCUAGAAGUGACCGAAAUAUUUUUGUGCAUAUUUGAAAAACGGGCACUUUCCUUUUAUUAAUUUUUGAUUUAGAUAAACUAUGCUUAAGCUGGUCUUUUGCAUUGCUAAUGUGAUAUGUACCCCAUUUUUCAUUAAUUUUGUAUUUUCAUUAAGUUGUAUAUUCCAUGUUUUGUA